AUGGGGCCUAAAGACAGUGCCAAGUGCCUGCACCGUGGACCACAGCCGAGCCACUGGGCAGCCGGUGAUGGUCCCACGCAGGAGCGCGGUGGACCCCGCUCUCUGGGCAGCCCUGUCCUAGGCCUGGACACCUGCAGAGCCUGGGACCACGUGGAUGGGCAGAUCCUGGGCCAGCUGCGGCCCCUGACAGAGGAGGAAGAGGAGGAGGGCGCCGGGGCCACCUUGUCCAGGGGGCCUGCCUUCCCCGGCAUGGGCUCUGAGGAGUUGCGUCUGGCCUCCUUCUAUGACUGGCCGCUGACUGCUGAGGUGCCACCUGAGCUGCUGGCUGCUGCCGGCUUCUUCCACACAGGCCAUCAGGACAAGGUGAGGUGCUUCUUCUGCUAUGGGGGCCUGCAGAGCUGGAAGCGCGGGGACGACCCCUGGACGGAGCAUGCCAAGUGGUUCCCCAGCUGUCAGUUCCUGCUCCGGUCAAAAGGAAGAGACUUUGUCCACAGUGUGCAGGAGACUCACUCCCAGCUGCUGGGCUCCUGGGACCCGUGGGAAGAACCGGAAGACGCAGCCCCUGUGGCCCCCUCCGUCCCUGCCUCUGGGUACCCUGAGCUGCCCACGCCCAGGAGAGAGGUCCAGUCUGAAAGCGCCCAGGAGCCAGGAGGGGUCAGUCCAGCCCAGGCCCAGAGAGCGUGGUGGGUUCUUGAGCCCCCAGGAGCCAGGGAUGUGGAGGAGCAGCUGCGGCGGCUGCAGGAGGAGAGGACGUGCAAGGUGUGCCUGGACCGCGCCGUGUCCAUCGUCUUUGUGCCGUGCGGCCACCUGGUCUGUGCUGAGUGUGCCCCCAGCCUGCAGCUGUGCCCCAUCUGCAGAGCCCCCGUCCGCAGCCGCGUGCGCACCUUCCUGUCCUAGGCCAGGUGCCAUGGCCGGCCAGGUGGGCUGUGGAGUGGGCUCCCUGCCCCUCUCUGCCUGUUCUGGACUGUGUUCUGGGCCUGCUGAGGACGGCAGAGCUGGUGUCCAUCCAGCACCGACCAGCCCUGAUUCCCCGACCACCG